CUGUUAUAUAAGUUUGAAGAAACCUCUUUAACUAGCCUAACAACUGUCCAACCACGGAAACGCAAGACAAACGAAAAGAAAAUCCAAAACCUUCAGUCGAAAGUCAAAAAGGAACACUACCUAAUUUUCGUAAGAUCUCAACUGGCAUUCACACGAGUCCUAGGUGGUUCGCCAACAACGAUAGGCCAAUAUCCAAUAUUGGCCCAAUUACUUCUAGACCCUUGGGGCACACUUCAAUACAGCCAGCAUUGUGCUGGUGUGAUUUUGACGUCGCGACAUGUGAUAUCUGCUGCACAUUGCUUUCAAUAUAGUCAAAACACAGGAAAUAAUUAUACAUUACCUAAAUUCUGGAAAGUACGCGUUGGCUCUUCAUAUCGGACUCGGGGUGGUGUCUUACACAAAAUAAAAAAAAUAAUACCCCACCCAUCGUUUGACAAAUAUUAUUAUACUAAUGAUGUAGCGGUUCUAGUAUUGGCGACGCCAUUGUUGCUGGGCAAAUUUGUAAGACAAGGGACAAUAACCAAGCCGAGGACAGAAAUUGCACCAAAUGAAAUGUGCACUUUAGUUGGUUGGGGAGCAACACAAAGUGGUGGACCUCAACCUGAUCAACUGCAGUACGCAAUGAUGGUUACAGUAGACCAGCAGGAAUGCGUGAUGCGCUACAACACAAUUGGAGCGGUUAUAGCAGAAACCAUGUUCUGUGCUGGCAGCUUAGAUUACGAUGGGAUAGACGGAUGCUAUGGUGAUUCUGGCGGACCCUUGAUUUAUAAAGGUGUUGUUGUCGGUUUGGUGUCUUUCGGUUACGGUUGUGGGAACCGUUAUUACCCUGGGGUUUACACAAAAUUAUCCCAUUUUACAGACUGGAUUAUCCAAACGGCGACUACCUAUAAAUAA